AUGGCUUCGAAAAGAAAACGUGUUGUGCUAUCGUUAGCGGACAAACUGAAAAUUAUAGAGCAACUCGAUAAAGGUGUAACGGGUAAGAAGUUGUCUGAGAUUUAUGGUGUUGGACAAGCAACAAUUUCUGACAUUAAAAACAGUAAGUCAACACUUUUAAACUUUGUUUCGGUGCUUGAAAAUGAAGAUGGAAGUUCCUCCAGGAAAACAAUGAAGACAGCAACCAACAAAAAUUUGGAAGAUGCCGUGUUUAAAUGGUUUUUGCAGCAACGUUCUAUGGGAAAUCCGAUUUCAGGUCCAAUCCUUUGUGAAAAAGCCAAAAUCUUAGCAGAAAAGCUUGGUUAUUCAUCUUUUAAGGCUAGUAACGGCUGGCUAAGGAAUUUUAAAUUCAGGCAUGGUAUAGAGUUAGAUUUGGCUGGUGAGAAGCUUUCAGCAGACUCUGCAGCUGCUGAAAAUUUUAUUGAAAAAUUUAAAACUGCAUCAGAAUCCUAUGAUCCGGAGUUUGUUUAUAAUGCCGAUGAAACUGGCCUUGUUUGGAAAGCAUUACCAAAAACCACUUAA